GGUGUCACAGAAACUGCGGGCCUUUGUCUUGGACGACUUUUGAAGCCAUGCUCGCCUGGCACGCCAUGAAGACGACCCAGGCAGUGGCCCGACCGCUGACUUCCCUGGCGAGACACGGCGCAUCACGCAGAGCCUUUGCGGCGCCCGGUUGGGCCACGGUAGAUCCAGAGACCAUGUCUGCAGCACAACCAGCUGAAGGCAUGAACCUUUGUGGAGGAUCCUGGAGCAAAUCGAAACAUUCACAGGACAUCGUGGAUCCGCUGAAUGGGGACGCCUUCCUCAAGGUUCCGAACACUGGCCUGGAUGAGAUUGAGCCCUUUGUACAGCGCAUGGCGUCGGUGCCACGCUCCGGGCUUCACAAUCCUUUUAAGAACCCCGACAGGUAUGUGAUGCUUGGAGAGGUUUGCGGGGCCGCGGCUCGAGAGAUGUUCAAGCCAGAGGUCUCGGACUACUUUUGUCGCCUGAUCCAACGCGUGGCUCCCAAGAGCUAUGCACAAGCUGGCGGGGAAAUCAAGGCUGUCCGGACUUGGCUUCAGGACUACAGUGGGAACAGCGUGCGAAUGCUGGCCGAGUCGCAGGGUUUGCCUGGCGACCAUCCGGGCCAAAGCACCGUGGGCUACCGCAUGCCGCAGCUCUACGUGUGGUGUCGGACCGUCAUCACUCCUUUUAACUUCCCCUUGGAGAUUUGCAGCUUGCAGACCCUCUCAGCAGUCUUCAUGGGCAACCAAUGCACGACGAAGGUCGAUUGGAAAGUUGCCAUUGUGAUGGAGCAGUUCCUGCGCAUGCUGCAUGCCUGUGGCUUACCAAAGGCUGAUGUCGACUACAUCUACUGCGAUGGCCCUGUUUUCAACGAGGUCUUGCUCAGGGGCGAUGCCAAGAUGACGCUCUUCACCGGCUCGCAGCGGGUCGCCGACAAGUUGGCGGUGGAGCUCAAGGGCAAGGUGAAGCUGGAGGAUGCCGGCUUUGAUUGGAAGAUCCUAGGGCCGGAUGUGAUGGACGUGGACUUUGUCGCAUGGCAGGCAGACCAUGAUGCUUACGGCUUUGCCGGUCAGAAGUGCAGCGCACAGUCCAUGCUUUUCAUGCACGAGAGGCUUGGUCAACGGCAGGUGGACAUCGUCGGGCGUUUGGCCAAGCUGGCGGGGCAGCGAAGCCUGGAGAAUUUGACCAACUGCCCGGUGCUCACGUGGCCCACGGAGAAGAUCUUGGAUCACAUGGAGCGCUGCUUGAGCAUCCCUGGCGCCACCUUGGCCUUUGGUGGCCAGCCACUCACAGGUCACCGGAUCCCGCCCCAGUAUGGCGCCGUCGAGCCGACGGCCGUGCGGCUUCCCAUUGAGGCCUUGGAGGACUCUGGCAGCUUCGACAUGGCCACCACCGAGCUCUUUGGACCCUUCCAGGUGUUGGUGGACUACAAGGAGGGCCAGCAGUCCAAGGUCAUCGAAGCCAUCAACCGUAUGCCCAACCACCUCACCGCGGGCAUCGUCUCCAACAACCCCAUUUUCAUCAAUGAGGUGCUUGGCAAUUCCAUUACUGGUACCACUUAUGCUGGCGCACGGGCACGCACCACCGGUGCUCCGGUCCAGCACUGGUUUGGGCCCUCUGGGGACGUACGUGCCGGAGGCAUCCAUACCAAGCACGCCAUUCAGCUUUGUUGGUCCUCGCAUCGCGAAGUGAUCUACGACUAUGGCCCCACGAGUCAGAUCCCUCCGCAGAGUUGAGCGGUGGAGAGGCAGGUGGGGAGGCAGGAGGUUGGUGGCACGAGGAACAAGUGGGGAGACCAAGUGGCUGGCGAUUUUUGGGAGCAUACUCAAGCUACAUCAGGCUCCCAUAAGCUACCAUGAGCUACCACGAUGUUCUAAAGAGAAGGUGAGUGGCACAUAGUGGCACCAUGUGAAGCACCGGGUUUGAGAGCACUUAACGAUGCAAAGUAGCACUUUGUUCUAUCAAGACAGGUGGUUGGGUGCAUUUGGGUGCGGUUUAUUUUUCAACUUAAUGACUCAUGACCUUUAUUACAAGUCUUUGCCUGGGAUAUGACCAUAAGGCCGCAUUGGUUUCUGGUUAGGCCGCACUGCUCACAUCGCCCAAGCCAUGGAGGGUAAUUAAUUGUGUUUGGGAUGAACACGGUUUGUUGAGCAUGGUGUUCGAAGGGUGCCAUGUUCUAAGUCUAAGUCCAUUUGUGAUCCAUGUCGAUCACAUAAAUGUGACUCUUUGAGGGCAUUGCCUCUCAUUCUUCAGAAUCGUGUGCGUGUGUAGAAUCCUUGUGUCAAAACAAUGUGAGUAUUUGCAUUGACGACCAGUAGCUUCACGUUUCAUGUUCAUUGGUUGUUUCCCGGCCCCAGUGCUCAACGUGAUAGGUGAGAUGAGAGGGGAAGUCGCUCAGAUGACUGGAACGAGUCUACACUGACAUCCACAGAUCUUGCAAAGCUCCAUCAAUCAUGCACAUUGCUGCCAGCACGCCUUUUGAUUGGUCCAUGACAGAUGGGGAUCAGUCCGCAACUUUUUGCGUUCGCCGGGCCGGUCCAUCACAAAGAAUGGACAGGGACGGCUGCAAGUUCUGCCGCACGAACAAGUUCUUUGCCUUGGGAGGAUGGGUAUGUGCAG